UUUACCCCGUGCCAACAAGCCCUUCUGGAACCGAGACAACCGACGGACGCUGCUAACGAACCAGACUUUCGCUCGUAGACACAAUCUACACGAAACAACGCAGCCUUCCUAGAGUGACCCGCUUUGGCUUCGUGUUUACAGAUAAAACAAUCCACAAACACACGUAUCCUAUCUCAAUUCCUUUCGACUCCCUAGUGAUUUGCCUUUGUAACACUAUGUCUGCCGAAAGGAUGGAAGCAACAGCAACUGCCGAAGUGGAUGAAAAGCUUUAUUCGCGCCAACUCUACGUUAUGGGACAUGAAGCUCAGCGUCGUAUGAUGGCCAGCAAUGUGUUGUUGGUUGGUUGCUCCGGUUUGGGCGUGGAAAUCGCCAAGAAUUGCAUCCUUGCCGGGAUUUCUUCCAUGAUGUUGGUCGAUCCAACGCCGCCUACUUCCUUUGAUUUGGGCGGAAAUUUUUACCUGCAAGAAUCUGAUAUUGGCGGAACGAAGGGACGAGCCGCCCUGUGCAAAGACUCUUUGGCGCAACUCAAUCAAUACGUCAGCGUGACGACGGCGGACGUUCCGGAUCUCUCCGUUGACUCAGUUCUUCCGUUGAUCGAUGGAAGCCUUACCUGUGUCGUCGUUACGGUCCCGCUGCCCAAGGCAUUGGUCAUUCAGCUCAACGAAGCCUGCCGUGAACAAAAAGUGUCCUUCAUUUAUUCACUCACCAUGAGUGUUUUUGGUAUGGCCUUCUGCGACUUUGGAGACGCCUUUGUGGUGGCCGACAAGGAUGGCGAAGCCGCCGCCACGUCUCAAAUCGAAUCUGUUGUCCACGAGAAUCCCGCUGUCGUCAAAGUCUUGGAAGAUCACGGUCGUCAUGGUUUGGAAGACGGCGACAAGGUCAGCUUUGCCCGUUUGCACGGGGUCCCUGGGUUGGAAGAAGGCAGGGAGUACGCCAUCAAGACAACCGGACCAUUUACCUUUGAGUUGCCGGAAGUCGAUCUCAGUGGAAUUGCCGACGGGGACGGUGCCGGGCACGCAGUCAACCAACAAGGUUACAUCACACAAAUCAAGCAACCGGUUACACUGAAGUUUGAAUCGUACGCUGAAAAACUGGAAAAGCCCGGGGAGCUCAUGAUGUCGGACUUUGCAAAGUUUGACCGCCCACCUCUACUGCAUCUAGCAUUUCAAGCCGUUGCGGCGUAUUUGGAUGAAAAGGGUGAAUUGCCAAUGCCAGGGGAUGUGAAUACAGCUAAAGAAGUGUUGGCGCUGGCCAAUACACUCGAUAAAGAAGGGAUUCUCAAGUCCAACUUUCAGGUUGCCGAGCGUCUCUUGAUGCAUUUUGCAUCUGGUGCGCGGGCGUGCCUUUCGCCCAUGUGCGCAGCACUUGGAGGCAUGGUGGGCCAAGAAGUUCUCAAGGCUUGCAGUGGCAAGUUUACACCUAUUCCAGGUUUCUUCUACCUCGAUGCUGACGAAACCCUGCCCGAUACGUUGAUCGACUCCUCCUUGGUCCAACCAACGGGCACGUCACGCUAUGAUAGCCAAGUUGCCGUGUUUGGGAGCGACAUGCAGGAAAAUAUUAACAACUUGCAGUACUUCAUGGUCGGCGCUGGGGCAAUCGGCUGUGAAAUGCUGAAAAACUGGGCACUCAUGGGGGUUGGCUGUUCGUCCAAGGGACACGUAUACGUGACCGACAUGGAUCGCAUCGAAAAGUCGAACUUGUCGCGUCAAUUCUUGUUUCGCAACACCGAUAUUGACAAAUUCAAGUCGGCCACCGCUGCCGACGCGGCGAAAGCCAUGAAUCCAAAGCUCAACGUUACGGCGUACCAGGAAAAAGUGGCGCAAGACACAGAGCACCUGUUCGGUGACGACUUUUACGAUAAGCUCAGUGGUGUUUGUACGGCCUUGGACAAUGUUGAAGCGCGUCUUUACGUCGAUCAGCGCUGUUUGUUCUAUCGCUUACCAAUGCUGGAAUCUGGCACACUUGGUACCAAGGGCAAUACACAAGUAGUUGUGCCACAUUUGACGGAGCAUUAUGGCGCCACCCGUGAUCCACCAGAAAAAUCCAUCCCAGUUUGCACGCUUAAAAACUUUCCGAACCAGAUUCAGCAUACGCUGCAGUGGGCGCGUGAUUGGUUUGAAGGUGCGUUCAAGCAAUCGGCCGAUGAGGUCAAUGCUUACCUUUCCAUGCCGCCAUCUCAGUACUUGGAAACAUUGCAACCCAAUACCAAAACCGAGUCACUCAAGUUGUUGCGUCGCACGCUGGUGGAUGAACGCCCUUUGACAUUCGAGGACUGUGUCACCUGGGCUCGUCUGACAUUCGAAAAUCUCUUCAACAACCAAAUUCGGCAAUUGCUGUAUAAUUUUCCGCCAGAUCAAGUCACAUCGAGUGGCACAAAAUUUUGGUCCGGGAGUAAGCGUUGUCCGAAACCGCUCGUGUUUGAUAUUGACGCUGUAGAUGAAGACGCAGGGAUGCGCAAUCACUUUGAUUUUGUUGUGGCAGCCGCCAACAUGCGAGCCCAAUUGUACGGUAUCAAGGGACGCACCGAUGAAGACUACUUUCGGCAAACGCUCAAGGAUGUGAUUGUGCCUGACUUUUCUCCAGCCGAGGGAGUAAAGAUUGCGGCUAACGAUGAGGAAGCCAAGGCGACGGAUGGGAACGGGAUGGAUACCGGCGAUGCGGAAGCGGACGAACUUUGGGGCAGUCUGCCGAAGCCCUCUGAACUUGCAGGAUUUCGGUUACAGGGCAUCGAUUUUGACAAGGAUUUAGAUGAACAGAUGCUCUUUGUCACGGCGUGUUCUAAUCUUCGUGCCAUGAAUUAUCAAAUUCCAACGGAAGACACACAUCGCUCGCGCGCAAUUGCCGGACGUAUUAUUCCUGCGAUUGCGACGACAACCGCCUUGGUCACCGGUCUAAUUUGCCUAGAGCUUUACAAAAUGGUAGGUACGGCUCGCAAGAAGCUGUCAAUUGACGCCUAUAAAAACGGCUUCAUCAAUCUAGCCAUUCCCUUCAUGACCUUGUCCGAACCAACAGCUCCUGCCAAGACCAAGGCACUUGUCAAGGGCAAAGAAUGGGAAUGGACGCCUUGGGAUUCGUUGGAUAUGAGUCUUGGCGACAUCACUAUGGGCGAAUUUAUGGAUUAUUUUGAAAAUGAAUACAAUUUGGAGAUUUCCAUGCUCAGCCAUGGGGUGAGCAUCUUGUACAGCUUUUUUGCCAAUAAGAAAAAGGUGGAAGAGCGCAAAAGCAUGAAAAUGACGGAUGUGAUUACAUCCAUUACAAAAAAAGAGUUUCCGUCCAACCAGCUCUUCAUCAUUUUGGAAAUAAUUGCAAAUGAUAAGGACACGGACGAGGAAGUUGACCUGCCGUAUGUGCGCUUUCGUUUCCGAUGAACAUGGUUGGAAAGCAGUGUUUUGCAGCCUUGUAAGGCUGGUCAGCUGAUAGCAACGUUCCAUAACUUUUAAAAGGAAGCCUGUUGCGACAAUACUUUGUGUGACCUACAUU